AUGAAUGUCUUGCAGGGAGCGCACAACUUUGAAAUAAGGGAUUCAAUAUUCUAUAUCGCUAAAAAUAUGGAGGUUCAUGAACAUCGGGGUCAAGAUUCCAUCGAAAAGCUCAAUCACGAAAUGACGUCAUAUAAAACUCGACAGUCGUCUUACGGCGACCCCACCGGCUGCAUGCAAGGGACCCGCGUAAACGUCCUCGAACAGUUGGACACUUGGGCCUCGGACAUCAAUAGCAGCAGGGUAUAUUGGAUGGUAGGUAUGGCGGGAAUCGGAAAAUCGACCAUCGCGCACACGUUCUGUGAGCAUCUCGAGGCGAAAAACAUUCUUGGUGGCAGUUUCUUUGCUUCUCGAGCAUCGGAGAAAACUAGGAACGCACGCCUUAUUAUUCCUGUUAUUGCACACUCGCUGGCGAGAGCUUCACCUGCUAUCAAAUUUGAGGUUGUUAAGGCCAUCGAGGACGACCCUACUCUGGCAGAACCAACAUAUUCUAACAUGAAGGAGCAGUUCAAGCGGCUGGUUUAUAAUCCUGUUCGAACGACCAUCGGCCCGGUCGUGGUGGAUAAAGUUGUUGUUAUUGAUGCCGCUGAUGAAUGCGCCAACCUUGAAGUCGUCGCGCUGUUCAUUAAACUUGUUCUUGAAUGGGCGUCGAAAAUUCCGCUCAAGAUAUUCCUAGCCAGCCGAGAUGAGAAUCGGAUUCGCACUGCCUUCAGGUCUACUAGUGAUAGCAUUCGAGGGUACUUCUAUCUCCAUGACAUUGAGAAGGACAUAGUCCAGAAUGAUAUCCGGAUAUAUCUCAGGACAUCAUUGGCCCAUAUCAAGAAUGACGAACUGUCCAGUCUCGUCACAAGUUCUGGCAGGCUCUUCAUUUAUGCAGCAACUGCUGUUCGGUAUAUCACCAAUGGUGGUGAAAACUAUAAGCCCUGUCUCUCUGCAAUGCUGGCCCAUGGCCGGAAAUCAAUUAACAAGUUCGAAACCGAGAUCGAUUCUCUCUACAUACAUGUCUUGGAAAAGGCCUGUGAAGACAAGGAGCCAGAUGAAGUUGAAGAUAUGAGAAAUGUCUUGUCAAUCACCAUAUUCCUUCAAAAUCCAUUGUCGAUGGAAGCCACUUCGUCUCUAUUACCGGAAAGCAAUGUGCAGUCAUAUUUGUCAUGGCUCACCUCUGUUAUUCACAUUCCUGAUCAACCUGGGGCUGUGGUCGCUCCAUUCCAUGCCUCAUUUCCUGACUUCAUUACCAAUCCAGUCCGGUGUUCUCCUGAGCGUUGCCCAUCAUUCCCUUCGCUGGUUGCUUCUGAGGGUCAUACACUGAUCACUCUUAAAUGUUUAAUGCUGAUGAACAACUCACUGAAGUACAACAUAUGUGAAGUCCCCAAACAAUUGACAUUGUCACGCAGAGACAGGGCCAACUCUCCAGAGAGCAUUGGCAAAAUUUCUGAAGUGCUCAAAUACUCAUGCACCUAUUGGGCUGCUCAUUUAGGAGAGGUCAAGAAAUUUGACCCUGUACUUGUUGACGCUCUUCGCAUUUUUCUGCACAAGCAUCUUUUGCACUGGAUAGAGUGUCUCAGCAUACUGGGUGAGCUGCAAACAGGACUGAAAUCCCUGGGUGGUGUAAUCACUGUUUUAUUGGCCUUCAAAUUCCAUGACUUUCAGUUACUUGUUCAUGAUGCCCGCCGGUGUUUACAAAUGAACUUUGAAGCUGUCCAGAAACAUUGCAUGGAGAUCUAUGAGUCUGCACUUAUUUGGAUUCCAAAGAAUUCAUCAAUACACAAGACCUACAUUGCUGAUGUCAGCAGAGUUCCAAAAGCUACUCUUGGAUUAUCGGACUUGUGGGACCCUGCAGAGCUGAUUAUGCAAAAUGGGUCACUGGUAGCAUCUGUUGGGUUCUCACAAGAUGGCAGCCAAGUUGUCUCUGGAUCGAAUGACAACACUGUCCGAAUUUGGAAUGUGAUGACAGGUGAGGUGAAGGCUCUGCUGAAGGGCCACACAGAUUGGGUGAACUCUGUCACAUUCUUGCAGAAUGGCAGCCGAGUUGUCUCUGGAUCAAAUGACAACACAGUCCGAAUUUGGAAUGUGAUCACAGGUGAGGUGGAGGCUGAGCUGAAAGGCCACACAGAUUGGGUGAAGUCUGUCACAUUCUCACAGGAUGGCAGCCGAGUUGUCUCUGGAUCAAAUGACAACACAGUCCGAAUUUGGAAUGUGAUCACAGGUGAGGUGGAGGCUGAGCUGAAAGGCCACACACAUUGGGUCAACUCUGUCACAUUCUCACAGGAUGGCAGCCGAGUUGUCUCUGGAUCGUCUGACAAAACAGUCCGAAUUUGGAAUGUGACCACAGGCAAGGUGGAGGCUAAGCUGAAGGGCCACACACAUUGGGUGAAGUCUGUCACAUUCUCGCAGGAUGGCAGCCGAGUUGUCUCUGGAUCACAUGACAAAACAGUCCGAAUUUGGAAUGUGACCACAGGCAAGGUGGAGGAUACACUGAAGGGCCACACACAUUGGGUCAACUCUGUUGCAUUCUCACAGGAUGGCAACCGAGUUGUCUCUGGAUCGUCUGACAAAACAGUCCGAAUUUGGAAUGUGACCACAGGCAAGGUGGAGGCUAAGCUGAAGGGCCACACACAUUGGGUGAAUUCUGUUGCAUUCUCACAGGAUGGCAGCCGAGUUGUCUCUGGAUCAUAUGACAAAACAGUCCGAAUUUGGAAUGUGACCACAGGCAAGGUGGAGGAUACGCUGAAGGGCCACACACAUUGGGUCAACUCUGUUGCAUUCUCACAGGAUGGCAGCCGAGUUGUCUCUGGAUCGUCUGACAAAACAGUCCGAAUUUGGAAUGUGACCACAGGCAAGGUGGAGGCUGAGCUGAAGGGCCACACAGGUUGGGUGAAUUCUGUUUCAUUCUCACAGGACUGCAGCCAAGUUGUCUCUGGAUCAUCUGACAAAACAAUCCGAGUUUGGAAUCUGACAGCAGGAAAUUCUCAAUCAAUACUCACUUCAGACACCACAUUGCCCGAUGGCAGUAGGGUGAAUAUAUCUACCCAUGGGACAUUCCGCAUCAUCUAUCCGUCACAGCAACCUACGCUUGGCAUGAAUUUCUCUACCCAGUUAUCAGAUGAUGGUCACUGGAUAAUGGCCAACCACCGUGACUGCUGUAUCCCCUCUCAAUAUCGCAACUUUCGGUGUUGCUCAAUUUGGGGCAGCCGAAUAUGUUUGGGGUACAACUCUGGCCGUGUAGUUGUUGUUGAUAUGAACACAGCAUUAUGA